AUGAACUCUAUAUCCACAACAAUCAUUUUGCUAGUUAGUUUGCCGGCUUCGCUUUUUGUAUUACAUACACGGUCAGAAGAUGCUAAAUUGAAUUUCACUGAGCUUGGAAUGAAAUAUGGACAUUCCGUCGAAGAACACGAUGUGGUAACUGAAGAUGGAUACAUUUUAACUUUAUUUCACAUCCCUGGAGAUACAAAGGGGCCCCUUCUCCUAAUGCAUGGGCUUUUUGAUUCCGCUGACACAUUUAUUAUAAGAGGGAAUUUGUCUUUCAUCAUUACCUUGGCUAAUAAAGGUUAUGACGUGUGGGCUGGAAAUACGAGAGGCAAUAAAUAUGGCCGGAGACAUAAAUACCUAGAUCCUGAUGCAGGACCUAAGUUCUGGGACUUCAGUUUUCAUGAAGCUGGUUACUACGAUUUGGCUGCUUUAAUUGACUUCAUCCUAGAAUCAACGGGCGAGCAGAGCAUAAAAACAAUAGGGCAUUCUCAGGGGACGGCGAUACAUUUUGUCCUAUUGUCAACAAGGCCGGAAUAUAAUGAGAAAAUUAAAGGAUUCAUUGCUCUAGCACCUAUCGCAUUCCUUAACAAUUUAAUCCCUCCGGUUUCAACAGUCGCUAAGAAAUGGCAGGUGAUAAACAAGUUUUUGAAAGCAUCAGGGAUGGACGAGUUAUUACGAGAUCAUUCUGCAGCUCUUGAUCUUAUACAGUUAUUAUGCAGCCAAGGGCUGAUUGGAUACGAUGUCUGCUAUGUACUCAUCUCUUCGCCAAUUUUUGGUUUUGAUCCUGAAAGGAUUGAGCCCGACUUUUGGGAAGUUAUUAUGGGACACUUUCCAACCUCUACUAGUAGAAGAAGUCUCGUGCAUUUCGCUCAAGUUUCUGACAAGAAAAGAUUUGCCCAAUAUGAUUAUGGUACUGUAAGAAAUUUCAGAGAAUAUAAACAGUUGAUACCACCCAGUUAUAAUUUGGAAAAAGUUACUACAAAGAUCUCUUUGAUUGCUGGCGAAAAUGAUAAUUUGUCGAGAUUAAAAGAUGUAGAUAUUUUAAGAACAGUGCUUCCUAAAGAGCCCAAAUAUCAUGUGAUGGAACCUAUACUAUGGAACCAUGUUGAUUUCACAUGUGCUAAUGACAUGGACGUGUAUUUGUACCCAUAUAUUUUUUCUUCCUUGCAAGAUUUUGAAUAG